AUGAAUCAAGCCGCUGGUGCUCUCGCUGUGAGUCCAUUUCCCGCUCCUCCUGACUAUGCACAACAUUAUACCACGGAAAGAGUUAGUCAAGGUGCUGUUCUUCCUCCGCCACCAGUUCAGUCGGUGUUUACGGUUUUUGGAGAAGAAUAUCGCUUAGAAGAUGAUAUUAUAAGGUCACUGGCUUCUCAAAACAUCAAGCAAUUGUAUCCUGCAAAAUACGAUUGGAAGACCGAGAUGAAGAAGCUCAACAGGAGCGUAGUGGUGGCUUUCCUUGACCUGUUGGACAUUCUUGUGCGUUGUCCAGAUCAUCCUGAGAGAAAUGAGAAAAUUAAUGACAUCCAAACGAUAUUUAUCAAUAUGCAUCAUCUUAUCAAUGAGUAUCGACCGCUUCAGGCUCGUGAUACCCUGCGAAUGAUGCAAAGUCAACAAUUAAAGGAGUUGAAGAAGACCGUAAAACGAUUCAAGUGA